AUGAAUAUCUACCGAACAGCGUCAGCUCCCCGGCCUAACAUGUCUCGAACAGACCGCGAGCGGCUUACAAACCUCCGCGACGAUGAUUCCGUGGUCGUCAAGAGGUCCGACAAGAGCAAUAAGUUUGUGGCGAUGAAGAUGGCAACGUACCUUGAUAAGGCCGAGACUAUCCGGUCAGAUGAGACAAAGUUCACACCCGUCAAUGUCACCAUCGAUGAUUGGGAGAAGCAAACGCGCACCAUCCUUCAACGCGUCUGUGGUGGUACACUAGAGAAGAACCUGUACCAAGCCAUACUCACUGGCGACAACAGGUUUCCGGAGAUGUAUGGCCUGCCUAAAGACCACAAAGCCACGGUACUGCUUCGGCCAGUUGUGUCAGCUGUUGAUAGCCCGGUGACCAAUAUUUCUAUUGUCCUGGAGCGCAUACUCAACCAAUGCCUGAGAUAUGUCCCAGCACAUCUGAAAAACACGCUGGAAGCACUGGAAGAUAUCCGGCAAGUGUAUCCCGAUCUACAAGCCCCAGCGGGGACGAUCAUCGUUACAAUGGACGUGGUCGCUCUUUACCCAAGUAUCCCUAUCGCUGAAGGGGUGGAGGCGGUUGCUAGAGUCCUGCAGCAGCACAUCGAGUCUGUUGACACAUUUGGUUUAAGCGUGGAGCAGAUCGAAGAGCUGUUAACCUUCGUUCUAAGAUCCAAUUAUUUCAGAUUUGGUGAGAAGGUCUACCACCAGAGGGAAGGCAUCGCCAUGGGUAACAACCUAGCGCCACCGUUUGCGAUUAUUUUCAUGCAUGACCUCGAAACCUCGCUGUUGCUAAACUCGCCUGGUGCUCCCGUACUCUACAAGCAUUAUAUUGAUGACAUCAUUAUGCUGUGGACACUGGGGGCCGCGCUUCUCCGCCAGCUGAUUGCAUUCUUCAAUACCGCAAAGAUCGGGCUCGUGCGCGACCACGGUGGCAGACCGAAGAAGCAGCGGAUAGCGCACUUCGUUAGACGUUCUUAG